UUUACAGUUGUAAUGUGAGGCUUGUUUGUACAGCUCUAUCAGAGUGUAAUACGGGGGCGCUGUGGCUCAAUGGGAAGAGUGGGUCAUCCACUAACCAGACAGUCAGUGUUUUGAUCCCCAGUUCUUUCAAUCUGAUUGGCGAGGUCUCGUAGGACAAGACACCAACCCAAAAUAAUAAUUAUUAUUAUGACGUGAUAGAAAAAGCGCUGCGUAUAGAAGCGCUGUAUGAAUGUGUGAGGGAAUGAGUGGCGAUAAAGUGCUUUGAUUGGUCGAUAAGACAAGAACUGGGCUAUAUAAAUACAGUCCAAUUAACAUUUAACAGGAUUUUUAUCCAACAUUUCUUUUGGGUCAAUUUGAUCCGUUUUCUUCACAAACAUUUCUCUGCUCAUCACUGAAAUCAGCAAAACACUGUGUGCGAGGGACCGAACAAAUAAUUAAAAACAAUAAUCAAUAGUUUAAUAUAUCAUCAAAAAAAUAUUCGCAGGUAUUUCAACUCUGAUUGUAUUAGUAUAGUGUGGACCGUGCUGCAAACAAUGAGCAGGAUUCCUUUAGCUAUAAAGGAAUAUAUUGCGUGCGUGCGUGCGUGCGUGCGUGCUUAAUGAGUCUUGCUGUUUUCACACAAACCCCCUGGUCUUCCUCAUCUUGAACUGUGUCAGUGUCAUGGGACGGCGGAAAGACAAACAGCACAGGAUUCAGCAAAACAAUGUAGACGGAAACCAAUGGAGACAAUGACAGUGAGGUCAGGAGGGUCUGGGCGAAAAGACAGUGGAAGAAAGUGACUACACUACUUUUAAUACAAAACACACCUUCCCACAGGUGCAAGCCUGCAGCUCUGCUUUUUAUUUUCUUUGGCUGACUUAACGGAAACAAGGUUCUGUGUUGCUAAUUGUACACACCUUUCAAAAUGUUCUGUAAUGGCCAAUGUUAUUUUCUGUGUAAGAUUCACUUCAGUUUUCUUUUUAAUUCAUCUCAUCUUCUGGCUCUAACUUCUGAAUGAGGUGAGGUGCUGCUGAGACCCGAUGCCCUGUCCUACAAGAGUCAUGGUGGUAUGAAUUAAUGCCUCUGUGUGGCUGCCAGAGCUGUGUUGUGUUGUAUUACAGUGUCGCGCUCUGCUCUGCUCCUGUCAGCCGUCUGCCAGUCAUAUGUACCACCAUCUGUUCUUCUAACCAGCUCAUAAUGUCGCUCGCACUCUGUCAUUGUUUAUUUAAAUUAAAAUAUUUAGCAGAACCUGUUGCUGAUGUUUAAUGUCGUCUUGUUACACAAGUUGCUGUUUGCAUUUUUAUAAGCAUUUAGAUGCUUUUGGUCUAUGUAUAAUACAUAAAUGUGUUCAUGCUGCCAACAUCCCUGCUGCAGAUAUAAUUAGACUCUGCUGUUUGGCACUGACAGAAACGGAAACGCAUGUCUGGUCAAUCCCUCCUCAUCUCUGUUCCUCUUCCAUUUGUGACGAGCUCUCAGUAACAUUCCACGCUGAUCUCAGGUCUGUCCGCAUUGCUGUGGCAUAGCAGUAAGCAGCAGCAGUGACACCUCCUCCACGUCGAGAACACUCAUUCCUCUGGAACCUGCACUCCUGUGCUAACUCUGUCAUUACAACCAUCUAACCAGUGUAAUUACCAGCCUCCGUGUGUGUUUGUGGUGCACGGGCCAAGCCUGCAUCAUGCAGGGCAAGUCGGUGUGGGCGUUGGGGGAGAGGGAAAGAACAUGACUGGAUACAACCCAGAGCUAACUAAUUACUAUAUAUAGGAAAUAAUCAAAGGAAGAGAACCGGUGCUGACCCAGUCUGGUCCAUCAUGGACCAGUGAAAUCUUUUCGGGCCUGUCAGUUGAAAGCAAUGUUUUUGGGAGCUGGAGGUCGUAGAGUGUGUGUGGGGCCCCUCCUCUCCCUCCCCCCUAGCACCCCUCCUGACAUGGGAUGCCAGGCCCCUGCCCCCCGGCCCUGAGCUCUGCUGGGGAGCCAUGAACAACUACAGAGACAGAGGGGUCACUUGCACCUCUUCGGACCUUCUGGAUGAUGGAGGAGGAGGAGGAGGAGGAGGAGGAGGGUUUCCCCAGCACAAUCCAUUUCGUAAUAUGCCCAAUGGCCACCCGGCCCUCGCCCCCACAGACCCGGCCAUCCAGCCACGCAUGUCUGUGCCCAAAAUGGGUGUUCGGGCGCGGAUCGCAGAGUGGCCUCCGCGUCGUGCACAGUCCCGGGAGUCGCUGCUCGAGAAUGGGCACCUGGGCAGCAAUCACUAUGGAGAUGACUGCUCCACUUCAGUUUCAUCAUCAAUUUUGUUAUCUGACGUCGGGUUGGUGCGGGGAGGAGUCACCAGGUUGCCACGGCGACGGUCUAGGGAAGUAGACUUUCGAGUGGGAGGGUUUGGAGGUGAGAGAGGUUCACCUUUGAGCCUAAGAGUGUUCCCACCAUUAAGACAGCGCUCCAACAGUGAAGUGACGCUCAGCGAACAGGAUGAGAAUGAGGUGGAGGUUCGUGGAGGUUGCGGGAUGGGGAACCUGUUCAGAGAGUACGGCAGCACCUCCUCCAUCGACAUCCAGGGCAUUCCUGAGCAGAGCUUUUUUGACAUGCUCAGCCAGUUCCACCAGGAGAGGCCUGACCAGCGCAGCUCAGCACCCGUACGGCUCGGGGAGCUGCUGCGUGCUCCAGACUUGCCACAGUCCGCUCCUCUUCCCUCUGCUCCCUCACCUGGGCCCACAGCCGGAGACGACAGAGGGACAGGAAAGAGGGAUGGAGCUGAGAGAGUGAGGAAGAAAAGUGGAGGCACAGAGUCGUCACUGGGCACCUCCUCUUUGUUCAGGAAACUUCGAAGUUCUAGCAGGGGGGAGCUGGAUGGAGGGAAAGGAGAAAGUAGUGAAGACGGAGGGCGGGGUUCAACUGAUGCCUCCUAUAAACAGUGGGUGUGUCCCAAGAGCUUUGUCCACUUUGACGCUCAGAGCGUCCUGUUUGACCUCCACGAGGCGGCGUCUCAGCGCGUCUAUGUCACCCAGAGGAGGAACACUGCCACGGGGGCAUCAGCAGCUUCAGUGUCCCUGUCCAUAUCCAGGUCCUCUGCUCCUAGUGUGAACGACCCCGUUUACUCAAGCAUUGAAGACCUGACCCUGAGUCUCGACCCUGCCUCCACAACCCCCUCCCUCAACCUGGACCCUCUGGACGUCCCUCCCGGUGCCCACAGCUCGAGUCCACUGCUCCUCUGCUGCCCACACUUCCUCAAUGAGACCGGGGGCCACGGGGAGCGCAACAUCAGCUUCCUCAGCUCGUCCGCAGAGCGAGGAGGAGACGCAGGAGGAGACGGAGGAAGGGGAUGGCUGAGGAGGAGCAACGCUAGUGUCUCAGUGCUGGAGGUGCCUAUUGAACAGCAGGUUACAAGACUGGACAGACUAAAACUGUACAGCAUCGAACAUGUAGACCUGGGAGCCAGGUACUACAGAGACUACUUCCAUGGAAAAGAGCACUCAGACUACUUUGGGACAGAUGAUAAGAUGGGUCCUGUGGCUGUGAGCAUACGCAGGGAGAAACUGGAAGAUACCAAAGACCUGAAAGACCAGUACUUGUACCGCCUCGUCGUCAGGACAAGCGAGUUGGUGACCCUGCGAGGCUCCAUCUUAGAAGAUGCGGUGGCGUCUACGGGGAAACACGGCACGGUGCGAGGUCUGCCACUCAAAGAGGUCCUGGAGCAGGUCGUCCCAGAGCUCAACGUGUCCUGUUUGAGACUGGCGCUCAACACACCCAAAGUCACAGAGCAGCUCCUCAAGCUGGACGAACAGGGGUUGAGUCAGAAGCACAAGGUGGGUGUUCUGCUGUGCCGUGCAGGCCAGAGCACAGAGGAAGAGAUGUACAACAACGAGGAGGCGUCAUCCGCCUUCUCUGCCUUCCUGGAGCUGCUCGGGGAGCAGGUGCUUCUCAAAGGAUUCGCCAAAUACGCCGCACAGCUCGACACAAAGACCGACUCUACGGGCACCCACUCCCUGUACACCACCUACCAGGGUUACGAGGUCAUGUUCCACGUGUCCACCAUGCUGCCCUACAUGCCCAGCAACCCACAGCAGCUCCUGAGGAAGAGGCACAUAGGGAACGACAUUGUCACCAUAAUCUUUCAGGAGCCGGGAGCAUUGCCUUUUACCCCUCAGAAUAUCCGUUCACACUUCCAGCACGUCUUCGUUAUUGUGCGUGUACACAACCCCUGCUCUGAUAACACGUGUUACAGUGUUGCUGUGACAAGGAUGAAGGAUGUGCCCCCGUUUGGCCCAUCCAUUCCCAGUGGCGUCACCUUCCGUGACGCGGAAACCUUUCGGAACUUCCUUCUAGCCAAAGUUAUCAAUGCGGAAAAUGCCGCACACAAGUCGGAGAAGUUCCACACCAUGGCGACACGAACGCGGCAGGAGUACCUGCGUGACCUGGCUGAGAACUACGUCAGCGGGACGCCGCUCGACUCAGCUGGCAAGCUUAACAACCUCAUCUCCCUCGCAUCCAAAAAACGCGAGCGCUCGAAAGCCAGAGACGGAGCAGAGCUGGGAGCUGCGGGGGCCGUCGCCUGGAGGGUCCAGGCUCAGGACUUUAGCGGAGGUGGGACGGAGCUGCCCUGUGCCUUGGGUUUGUCGGCUGAAUACGUCCUCCUCAUAGACUGUUCCACCAAAGAGGUGGUGUUUAACUGUUUCUGUGCGGAUGUGAUUGGCUGGACACCGGAGCGACUGGCGCUGAAGAUCUUUUACGGCAGAGGAGACCACAUCGCUGUGCGGGUGCUGGAGGGCUGUGCGCAGGACAUCAGGGAAGUGGUGCAGAGGUUAAAGUCAUUGACAGUUGGAUGUGAGACGGUGGAUAUGACUCUGAGGAGAAACGGACUGGGACAACUAGGCUUCCAUGUUCGCCUGGACGGCACUGUGGCUGAGGUGGAGGAAUACGGCUUCGCCUGGCAGGCGGGACUGAGGCAGGGCAGCCGGUUGGUGGAGAUCUGCAAGGUGGCCGCGGUGACGCUGACUCACGAACAGAUGAUCGACCUGCUCAGGACGUCGGUCACGGUCAAAGUGGUGAUCAUCCCUCCGUAUGAAGAGGGGGGGCCUCGCAGGGGCUGCACAGAGGAGUACGAGAUGAAGACCAUGGAGCAGAAGUCAGAACCUGAGCCUCUGGCGGCAGGCUACCGACCAUCCCCUCGUCCGACAUGGCGAUGGGACAGCCCACCUAUUCCUCCAGGACUCCACAGUGCCCCCAACCCGCAACGCUGGCCCCUCAUGGGCCCCCCGCCUCCGCCACUGCCCCGCUCACACAAGGCCCUAAUGUCUGUUCCAUACAGAGACCCCCAGCAUGUCAACUCCAAGAGGCCAGUGAGCUACCCGGAGAACCACUACACUAUGUCUCCUGUAGGAGGCGACAGAGUGCUGCCCUACAGAAACCCCUCGGCCAGCUUCUCCUCGCCCUCCCCGGGCCUACUCGCCCUCUCCACGAUGGGGCCGCCUGGAAUCACGCCAGGCCCCUCCGUACGCUACAAACAUUCCCCCGACAGGUAUGGAACAGGACAGCGCCCCCUGCUACCCUAUGAGCCCCACCUCAGUGUGGACAUCAACUCAAGUGGGGAGUCUUCCUCAGGCUUCACCAGCCAGGACAGCACAAUGGAGCGCUGCAAAACAGAACCCCUCUGGCAUGUCCCGGUGUCAUCGUCAUCUCGGGGACCAGGUGGUGGAGUUGGUCAGAGAAGAAUAACCAGACAGGAUGUCCCGGGGAAAGACUCUCCAAACAGACACUCAAAGGGUGAGACUCAGUACUCCAGUCACUCCAGCAGUAACACUCUGUCGAGUAAUGCCUCCAGCGGCCACAGCGACGAGCGCUGGUUCGAUGGAGGAGCUGGAGCGGAGCGAGGAGGAGGAGGCGGGGGUUGCCUCGGUGACCCGGCUGACCCUGACCCCGACCUCCUCAACAAGGGUGGGUCCAACGACAGCGGCAUCGACGCCUCGACCCACUAUGGCAACACCCGUCACGGAAACGUCUCCAACAACCAGCCCCACAAGCCCAUGCACUGCUCUGUGACCUACGGUGGCAUCCAGGAGCUCUCCGUGGGAAGGAGCAGUGGGGGGGGAGAAGCGAGGAGACGAGAGUCUUCACCCAUCAUGCUAGCCGAAGCCAAUCAGAACAAAGGGUACCGGACGAGGACAUUCCCGCCUCCUGGCUCCAGUGCAGAUAAAAUGGAUGCUUUCAAACCCAGGGCCUACACGCCGCAGGGCUACAAGACUCCGACGGCGGAAAAAGCGAGGCCUGUCCGAACCGCUACAAUGACUCCCACUUCUGCUCAGUUAAGCUCCCUCCCUCUGUCCAGCUCCGCCCCAAAGGCCUUAUACGGGAAGAGCAAACAAACCGUAUGGCAGACUGAAGACAACAGCCCAUCGCCAUCAAACACGACCACAGGGUCCAGCUCCGACAGCAGCAACGGCAAGAAGCAUCUGGAUACAAAUUCAAAGAACGUGUUUGGACAACCUCGACUCCGAGCGUCGCUGAGGGACCUGCGCUCUCCAAGGCGGACGUACAAGAGCACCAUCGAGGACGACCUGAAGAAACUGAUCAUCAUGGACCCGGGAGAGCUGCCUCAAAGAGAUCCAUCUCCCAGACGAACUUUGCAGCGCACUUUUUCCGAUGAAUCGCUGUGCAGUGGCCGCAGAGACGCCAGCUUCGCCAACUCUGAGAACCAGACGACUCCGACCGACGUGCUGUUCACCUGCACCCUGCCCAUACGCAGACACGGCAUCUCCUCCAACCACAUGCAGAGCAAGAAGGGGCCCCUGUCUGCAUCAGAGCUGUCCCUCACAGAAGUUAGGGACAAAGUUCCCCCCCUGAGGAGGCUCGACCCUGGGCUGAUGCCUCUUCCUGACACCGCCUGUGGACUGGAGUGGUCCAGCCUGGUCUGCGCCGCUAAAGCCUACGAAGCACAAAGAGCAGUUUCCCUCUUCUCACUGACUGAGCCGCAGGUCGAAGGUCCCGACACGAGGCCGGUCGUGAGUCCAGUUCAGUUCCAGACUCCUCAGACACCACGAACAACACCGAUUCUCAGCAGUGACGAGGCGCCCAACGAUGUGUCUGGUCGACUCUUCCACCUGGAGGUCAUGUUGAAACAGCUGAACAAUGAUCUGGAGAGAGAGAAGCAGGAUAAAGUCGUCCUGCUGGCGGAGAUGGCUAACCUGCGAGAGAACAACCAGCGUCUGCAGGAGGAAAGCCAGACGGCCAGCGAGCAGCUGCGCAAGUUCAGCAGGAUUUUCACCAACAUCGACAAGACAGGAAGUGACAACGAGGCUCACUCCUUAACGCACGAGGCGGACUCGAAGAGGGAGUGAUCAGCCACGGCAUGAGUAGAAGAAGAGGAGUGUGUGAUUCAGGCCAGAGGGAGGGCGAUUGUGUGAGAGAUCAUCUGUCAGCGGGCAGAGGUCACGUGACGUUACCUCACUCAGCUCCACUUGACCGCCUUAAACCAGAGAGAGGAAGAAACAGAAGCAACACUCCCUCUCUUUUCUCUGAGCCUGUUUAUUUUUAUAAACUGAAGUCAAAAAGUCUUAUAUACAGUACUUGUCAUAUAUAUGCAUAAAUAUACUGUGUAUGCUACUAUGCCAGAGGAGCGAAUUGGAGAGGAGAACCUGACUGUUUUUGAGAACACUACAUCACCUGGAGAGGCCUAAUACUGUUCCUGCAGUGAAUCAGCCAAAAAAAAAAAACACUCAUCACGGACUGCAUCUCCCAGAAUGCACUAGAAGUAAUGGAAGCUCGACAAACAUGGUACUGUAGAUAGACGCCUGUGUGGUACAAUUGUCAUGUAACGAUAUUUGAUCUAUACCGUACUGAUAUUGCAUAACAUUAAUACUAAAGAGGUGUGUGUAUGAGUCAGAGAGAGAGAGUGUUUGAAUGUGAUGGUCUGUUAUAGGACAAAUGAUUACUGAUCAAAUGAGUUUACUGUAACAUGAAACCUGUGGGCCUGAACAUUUUCCUUUUCCUCCGAACACGACGGAUGAACCGAGGACCACAGAUGUGAAACAAGCCAUCAGAGUGUGUGAGUGUGAUUGGUCCAUGUCAGAAACCAGAAUCAUAUCUGAUGUGGUCCGUUGUUUUGAUUUUAAUCAUCACUGUUUCCAGUAGUGACGCGUCAUCUCAUAUUCAAAGUACUGAAUGAUUAUUUUAACUUUGGGACAUUAUUACAGUUCAGUACUUGUAGAGAAUCGUGUUGUUGUUGUUUUUUAAACAAUACACCUACUCGCUUUCUUGCAGAGUAUUUGGUUAAAAAGAUUGAUGACACGUUCACUUUUAUUUUAUUUUAUUUUUAUUUUUUUCCUAGUAGCAGUAACCUCCUGGAGUCUGUCCUGGUUGCCUGGCAACUGGCCCUGGUGUUACACAGAAUGAUGUGAUCUCAUUGGGUUUUUUUUUAAGUAUCUACAGCAAAUAUUUAUUAACAUAAUACUUUAUGACAUACUUGAGUUUGAAAGCCGUGACCAUUUACAUAUUUACAUACUUAAAGGGAUGUAUUUAGUACAUCUUAUAUAUUAUGGGCUUAAAUAUCAGUAUAAUUAAAUUAUUCAAAUGUUAAAAGGUCUUCACUUGGAUUCAGUAAUUUAUUCUGUGGGCUUUGUAUUAAGCCUGUUUUUUUUAGUCUGUAUUUGUUUACAUUUUGGGAAAUAAAGUUCCCUGAAUUUUCGAUGAGCAGUUCCUGUUCAUGCUGUGUGUUAUUUAAAUACAUGAAACGAUCACUCAAUGACUUUGAAAUAGGAAUCUUAAAAAUGUGAUGGUUCUCAGGCAACGUCUGGAGUCAUGAGGAGAGUCCUUUUCUAUGAUCUCUGCAUGGGUUUAUGGAUGUUGACUGCCAUUGGACAGCUCAAGUCACAAUGAGUCUAAAAAUAUGUGUAUCGUGUCUGUACAUAAAUAUUUAACUGAGUUAUGACAAAUGGUGUUGAUACAUGGGCCAAACUACAUAACCAACAAGGGGGUGGCAUCAAUCCUUUAACUCUCUGCAAGAAAGCGAACAAGUGUGUUUCUCAAAAUUGCCUCGACUAUUUGCGUAACUCAGUCUCCUGUGCGCACUAAUCAGGAUGAGGCUACGUAACCCGGAGUGUGUGGAAAAACAUUUACUGUACAUGAAACUCACUGGACGACACUGAAGCUCCUUCAUAUCAGAACCAGUCCGUGUGCGUGUGUGAGGAUUCGCUCCACGUGUUCUGUGAUGAACACAUGGGACACUAUUUAUACUGCUGGCUCGCUGAACGAUAUUGUCUACUAUAUCUAUUUUUCAUACAGAAAUGUCCGCCUGUGGUUUUUGGAUGCCGGUACCCUGGAGAGGAUGAAACUUCUCUUCCUGUUCCACUUUGUUAUAAACUCUGCUCUCCUGCUCAGCCCUGUUGAACAGCUUCUCCUCCCUCCUCAGGAGGUCUCAUCCCUGGUCCGACUGGAUCCGUCUGUUUGGACUCAUCAACUCGCUCAGGUUUCUCAAUAUGCUGAAGAUAACUCUAUUCCAUCAAGUAGAGGAGGGCGAUACGAUGCUUUGUACUGUGAGACAAUUUUAAUUUGUACUCUUGUGGCGAUCCCUUUAAUAUUUCUGGCUUUAUCAGUUUGUUGUAGGCAAAUUGGUUUGCAAUUAAUUUGCCGCUCUAAGAAUUGAUAAAAAUGAACAGUUCUUCAAUAGAUGUUCCACACAGUUUAUGAUAAGGGAUUUUUAUCCAUAUCACAGAGACAGACAACUUUUAUUUUUUCUCUCCUGCUUCUCUUCAGCCCAUAAAGAAAAACAAAACAAAAAAUCCAAAUACUGCAUCUGAUUGGAUGUCACCACCUCCUCCGUCUUUUACAACUUCAAGUUGGGCAGUUUUCAUCCAUGUGACUUUGAUACCAGGACUUUUUUUUAAUUUGAUUCAGAAAUACUUCUCUUUCCAGUCCGUCAUGAACAAAUUCAUGCAUCAAUGUGGUUCAAAUAUGCCUCAGAAAUCUCCCGUGUUUAGUCUGGGAUUUUUUAUGGGAUGGAUUCCAGACGACACAUUUCCUGCUCCUCCACUCGUGCAGCUUCGCAGGUGUAGCUGUGACUUUAGUAUCUGCAAGUCUUAAUCUUUAGUUUGCUUAUGUAAAAGGUGCAAGGUUUCUUUUAUAUAUAUAAAUUUUGUUAAUGUUAUGUAUAAUUUUAAGCUAUUUAUAGCAUACACGACCACACCCUGUUGAACAAAUCGAUAAUGCAUUAUUAAGGUUAAUAGUAAUACUGUAUCGCAGAGUUUGUUUUUCUAGAUGUUAAAUAUUUUGAUAAUUUAUUUUUUAACACAUUGGCCACUGUUGCAGACGGUAGUGACGACGAGAGGGGGCUGUCUUUAUUUGUGUGCCGUUUUUACUUCUGAUUUCCGUACAAAAUUGAUUUUGUAUGAUUCCUGUGUUUUUCGUUUCAUGACAUCUGUGCGUCGGGGCGCUCAGACAAACAUUUCGGUUGAGCAGUUUUCUUUGGGUUGUAAUGACUUGUACAUUCAAAAGUGUAAAUUAUGUUUUCAUUAUUUUAUAAAAAAUAUAUUAAAAAAGUAACUCAGAUCAGA